GAGUGAGACGAAGAUAUUUUUCCUCAUAUAAUUUCGUUACGAAAUGGCGAAAAAAUAAACAGAAAUCAUUGCCAGCCGGGUUCAAGCGCCAAGGUGAUUUUUUGAGGUUAGAAUUUCACAACUUUCCGCAAACACCCGGCAUAAAAAAAAGUCAAUUUUCUCCCUAAAAAUAAAAUGUCCAAACCAAUAACAUUCGUCACGGGAAAUGCAAAGAAGCUGGAGGAAGUCGUUGCAAUCCUCGGGGCGAAUUUCCCGCGACAGCUGGUUUCCCGGAAAAUUGAUUUGCCCGAAUUGCAGGACGAUAUGGAUGAGAUCACGCGGAAAAAAUGUCAGGAAGCCAGUCGGCAGGUGCAGGGACCCGUUCUCGUGGAAGACACAGCACUCUGCUUUGAUGCCAUGAAAGGUCUUCCGGGUCCGUACAUCAAGUGGUUCCUGGACAAACUCGGACCCGAAGGCCUGUGGCAGAUGCUGGAGGGAUUCCGCAAUUAUAGCGCCACAGCUGUCUGUACAUUUGGCUUCACCGAAGGAGAGGGUCAGGAAGUUUUCCUAUUUCACGGCAAGACGCACGGGGAGAUUGUCAGCCCCCGGGGGCCACGAGAUUUCGGAUGGGAUCCCUGCUUCCAGCCAACUGGCUACGCACAAACUUACGCGGAAAUGCCCAAAGAGGAGAAGAAUAAAAUCUCCCAUCGAUACCGAGCUGUGGAUCUCUUUAGGCAGUUCAUUGUAGAUCAGAAUAAGACGGAAUAGGAGGCAGGACAAGGGCAGGAAGUUGUCUGAUUUUUACAAUUAAAUAAAAAUGAAUGAAUUUGCGAAAUA